AUAUGCCAACGCAGCAGCGGGAUGGGCCUUACUCCUUAGUCCUGCUAUGUAGCAGUAGCCUUUACCAAGAGGCUAUCUCCAGGGCCAAACCGCGCCACCACUGAGCGAGCCAUCUACCGUCUCCCGCGUCUCCUCUCUCUGCGCGGUGCCUCCUGUCGCCACAUCUAGUGAGCUCUAGCCAGUCCUAGGGAGUCUCUCCUGUCCUAGUGCCUCCUGUCCUAGGGAGUCUCUCUACCUUCCUAUAGUCAGCUCUAGUAGCAGUUAGUCCACCCCCUGUGCUCUCUGCCCUAGCGCGGUGCUCUCUUCCCGAGCGUCCCCUCUUAGCUGAGUGGUUCACCGGUUCACGCGCCAUGGAGUCGUACCAAGCCAUGCGCGAUUCGCUCCUCGCCCACCUCGCCGCGCUGCACGGUGAGGCGCGCCGACAGCUCCCAGCAGCCAUGGCGAGCGCGCAGGUCGCGUGCACGUGCCUCGCUGCCGUGCUGGCGCUCGUGGUGGCGCCGCUGGGGGCGUGGAUCGCGCAGCAGGGAAUGGGGCUGAAGCUGGUGUAUGGGUUCGUGCUGGGGUUGGCGUGCUCGCUGCUGUACGCGUCGCUUUCGAUGCGGAAUGCGAGACAAAGGCGAAAGAAGGCUGUCGUAUUGCGCAGGCUGGAUUGGGAAAUGUCUCUGGACGAAGUCCUUCGAGUGGCUGGAUUUGCCGAGGGCAACUGCACGUCAUCGUGUCAGAAGCUGCACAGCUUCCAGUUGGCAUGGGUGAACUCAGCAGUGCGGCAGAUGUGGCCGCACAUCCGCCAGGCAGCAACUAGCAUGCUGCAGGGCAGUCUGAGGGACCUGUUCGAGGGCUACCACUUCGGCAUCAUCACUGGGAUUGACGUGCGGUCGGUCGACCUAGGACCAGACCCGCCAACGAUAACAGAAAAGCGGCAGGCAGAGAAACAGGUCAAGGCAGAAGCAGAGGCGCGGGUGCAAGGGGAGGGGAGCGCAGAUGCAGAAGCAGAAGAAGCAAGGGCGCACUCAGACGGAACGAGGGGCGCGGAUGCAGAAACGAAGGAAGCAAAGGAAGCGAGGGCGAAGUCAGAGGGACGUGGGGGCUCAGAGGAGGGUGGAGAGGGUGCGGCGGGGGAUGGAGCAGAAGGUUCGAGCGGGAUGGAGGGUGCGGAGGAGGUGGUAGUGGAGGUGGCGGUGGAGUGGACGGAGGGGCAGGUGCAGGAGCGGCAGCUUCGGAUGCACGUGCAGACGGCCAUGAGCCCUGAUGUGGACGUGCGUGUGGGCAGCAUCGCUGCUGCCGCCACGCUCAAACUCACCCUCAAGCCACUCCUGCCCGUGCUGCCAGGGUUCGGCACAGUCCUUCUCUCCCUGCUCCACCAGCCGUUUUUCAACUUCACAGUAUCGGUGCAGGGCGGCAACCUCAAGGCGAUGCCAGGCUUUGAGAAGAUGAUCGAGACUGUGCUGCGCCUGUCAAUAGACGACUCGCUCGUGUGGCCCUCCCGAUGGGUGUACCCUGUCAUGGAGGGUGACUUCAGCUUCCUGGAGCUGACUCCAGUGGGGUAUCUCGAUGUCUCACUCAUAGAAGCGGCUGAUCUGCCCAAGACGGACGUGCUGACGGGAGCGGCGGACCCGUUUGUGCUGCUGUACGUGCGGCAGAGGGAGGGCGCCAUCAAGCGCAGCUCCACCGUGCACCACUCCAGACACCCCGUGUGGAAUGAGGGGUUCAUCCUCGAGGUGGAGGACCCAGCCUCCCAGCAGCUGACCAUCCGAGUCAUGGACAGCGAGCGCUUUGAGAAGUCCGAGUUCAUCGGCGCUCACAUGCUGCACCUCUCCCAGCUGCACGUCAACAAGGCGCAGGACCUGUGGCUGGACCUGUAUGACAAGCCCGAGACGCCCGAGAGUGCAAGCACACAUGGUAGGGUGCAUGUGGUGGUGAUGUACGUGCCUUACACCAAGAGAGAGGGCGGAGUGGGGACAGCUGAGGGGACGGAGGGAGGGGAGACAUCAAAGGAGCAAGGGAAAACACCGGAAGGGAAUGCAUGCAACGAGCCACGGGCAGGUGGCUGAGAGCUCACUCUAUUGGAAAUGACAUGUAACCACUACACAUGAUCCCAUCCAAGGAUGGGCUAGGCAUAUAAUUCAUUGUUGUUUGUGCAUGUGUGUGACCUCUGGUGCUGCGAACAG